AUGUCUAAUAACAAAACUUGUAAAGUUGUCGCUGUUGGUGACGGUGCUGUCGGAAAGACUUGUUUGUUGAUGGUCUAUGUUAAUAAUGAAUUUCCGGAGGAUUACAUUCCUACUGUCUUUGAUAACUAUGAUACCAAUGUAAAAUACCAAGAUAGUGUUGUUCGUUUGAGUUUAUGGGAUACAGCUGGUCAAAGUAAAUAUGAUCGUCUGAGAUAUCUUUCAUAUCCAAAUACCAACGUUUUUAUUGUUUGUUUCUCCGUAAAUAGUAGAUCAUCAUAUGAUAACGUUAAAGAAAAGUGGCUUAAGGAAUUGAAUGAAUACAGCAAGGGAACACCAAUCAUUCUCGUUGCCACCAAGAUCGAUAUCAGAGAUGACAAGGCAAUGAUUGAACAAUUAGCUAAAGAUGGUGAAAAAGUUCUCACAGCAGAAGAAGGUGAAAAACUUGCAAAGGAAAUCGGAGCAGCCCACUACAUUGAAACAUCAGCUCGUACACGAAAGGGUGUUGAUGAAAUUUUCCAAAAAGCUUUGGAUGUUCGUUUUGCUAAAGGAGGAAAAGCUGCAACUCCAAGCAAUGAAUCUAAAGGAAAUGGUGAUGGAUGUUGUAUUUUAAUGUAA